AGAACAGAAUCUCUAGCUAUGUUUGUUUCGGUAUACUCAAGUACACGCGCCUGAAAAACACAAAUCUAAAAUUCUGACGAUUUUUCAAUAUGAAACUAAGCAGUGGCGGCCAUUUUGAAAAGGCUUCAGAAACAAGAAUUUUUCGGUAUUUUACACGUUACACGUGAGUUUAGAAGGUGGAACACAAAGACAAAAUUCAAUCCAAGGACUUUGAUUUAAACCACCACCUGUAUCCGGUACUGAACCUUCAAAGUGUCAGUCAAGGCCUGUGUGGCAAACACCGCCUAUUAUUUAUCCCUUUAAGCGUGUUAUAUUAAUUAACAACAGCAUCGCUGUACGCUGUGGCGCGAUUUUCACACAGUAUGCUCAUAAAUGCAAUCCGGUUUAAUGUGCAUUUUCUUUCUCUUUCGAGCGGUACGAAAUGAACCAAAGACACCUGCCAUGCAAUUAAAAACACCGUAACCUAGUUACCAUGUAUAACUUCCAUUCAACUGUUAUGAUACUUUAGAUGGGACAUUUCUUUGUAGACAUUCUUUGAAAAAGAUGAGGGUGUUGGUAUCGUCUUUUGGUCAACAAUAGCAAUGACAAAAAAAAACUAGAAAUUCCAUUAGUCAGCGAAGAACCAAAGUACCCUUAAGCUUUGUCAUUUGGCCGGCAGUUUCACAAUCAUUUUCUUGAAAAUAAGAAGUUGAAGAUGAGGGAAGUAUCUGAAUAACUCUUUUAGCUUUUUUCCUACGAAUUCUCAAGGCCCAGGAACUGAGUGUAUUUGAGUCGAGAACUUAAGCUCAAAACUGACUCUUUUUGGCAAUCGGAACAAACAAAUCCGGUGAACACAUUUGCAGGGUAGACUUUGAAUAAGAUUUUGAUUUUUCAGAGGAAGAAGGCAAUUUGUUGUGGGAUCGUUGCUUCGUGCUAAGUUUUGAAACUCUCACUCUUUUCAAGUGUUUGGAUCUCAAGUUGAAGAUGGACUUAUUCUUGGUAGUACUUAUCGCUCUUCAGUUUUUGGUAUCCAUCGUCGGAAUAAUUGGUAACGUAUCCGUCAUCAGGGUUGUUUGGUCGACGCGUUCAAUGCACACGACAACAAACUACCUCUUAGCAAACCUCGCACUGGCUGACAUUAUAACACUGUCUACCAACCCCUACCUGUAUAAAUUCGUAUUUGGAUCACUCCACUUUGGUUAUAAUGGCUGGAGCAAUUUGACCAACGAGUGGAUCUGUAGGGUUUUGCUUGAGAACGGUAUAGUAGGAGUUUUUGUGUGUGUUUCUGUUGCCUUCCUUACCGUCGUGGCUGUUGAGCGUUACCAUGCCAUGGUGAAACCUUUAAGCCACCGAUUCAGACUUGGGAGAGAACAAGUAUGGAAGGUCGUAAUGGUCAUAUGGUUUGUUAGUAUUUUACUAAAUAUUCCAAUUUUCAUCGACGUUAAAUUUGAUCCACAGCUAAACGUAUGCAGAUCUGCCUUCGACUUUACUACUGGAAAAGAAACAGCUACUUAUCUUGCUUUCUAUCUUGGCAUUAAUAUCUGUAUUCCUGGAUUGAUAAUCACUGCUUGCUAUUUGUCCAUUUUAAAGGGCCUACUCAUAACUAACUCCAUCUGCUCUGAGACUGUUGAAACGAUUCAAGGGCGAGAGGAAAAGAAAAAGCUGGCAAAACUCUUAGCAUCAGUUACGGGCGUCUACUUUAUCUGUUUUGCGCCUUUUGUCAUUUUUAUGAUUUACUUGACCGCCGAGAAAUUCCUAAACAACCAAGACAAGAAUUCCUCUCCCCUCCUUAAUUAUACGUACUUCGUUCUUACUUCUCUAAUUUUCUCAAACUCAUGUCUUAAUCCAGUGUUGUACGCGUUUCAAAGCUCCAGCUAUCGACGAGGCUUUGCAAAACUUUACACGUGCAAUUGCUUGAGAGCAAAGCGACAGAUUGUACAAGUCGAAUCUUUUAGCAUGGCUACUGACGCGAGAUUAAGAACCCAGCAACAAAGUACGCACAAUCUCUAAGCUUGGGAGGUGAAACUCGACGAGUGGACAUGAUGGAAUCUUUGAGACAAUUUGAGUAAAGGGUGAAAAAUCCAAAUCAUUUGGCCUUUAAAGGAGCUAUGUCAUCAUCGGCCAUUGCGCAUCUACUGUGAUAUCCAUCACAGUGGAACAAGGCUAAGAUAGAAUUUUUUUUCGUGGAGUGACAAAUGUAAUGACGAAAGACAACUAAUCCCUUAGAGCAUGGAUUUGUUGGCAUCGUUUUUCUGAGGUAAAAAAAAAAUGAGAAAGUCCUUUACAGGUGUAAAAAUAAUGUGAUCUAUCUUCUGAAAUACCAGCAGGGUGAAAUUUCAAUGGCACUCUAACCCGUUGUGUAAAAACAUCGAGAAUUCCUGAAAAGGAAACGAUUGCCUUUAAUUCAAUUAUCUGAGUAAUUAAAAAACUCCACAGGACUUAGGAUACGCUACUGAUUACCGCUAUUUGGUCAAUGUACAAAGCCUUUCCUGUCAUUUCAGCAUACAGGAUAUUUUGGGUGAAACAAAUUGUUUAUUUCUCCGUAUUUUUAAAAAAUAAUAACAGCAGCUGAAAACUCUGAAAUUUUAAUCGCCCUUAAUCAAAGCGAUAAAAAAGGAACGCAGGAUUGUUUAACGUGUUUUUAAUUAAAUGUUGUAAAAUGAGCUUCUUUGGGCGGCCCUUAAACUUGGUUUUUAUAUAGUAAAUCUGCCAAAAUGUUCUCGCGAGCCUUUGGUUUUUCUCUGACGACCGUAAAACGACCCGUCGCUUCUAUCGUAUCUGUUGCAAGGGUCGUCCCAUCGAGCGGUUCAAUAUAGUCGUAAGGCUCGCGAGGAUUUUUUUUGCAGACGAUUGUUACAACCCUUAUGCCGGUUACGACUAAAUAAAAACCAGGCUUUACAGAGCGAGCACGCAAACGGUUUGUUGUCCUGAAAUGUAGAAUGCUAGAUUGAAAACGUGACCAAAGAGACACCAAUAUCUUUUUCCGAAAAUCUAUACCAUAUAUAUACCAGGGGCGGAUCCAGGAUUUCAAAAUGGGGGUUGGAUAAUGGCCGGAUAGACGGCCUAUAACUGAUCCAGUGGUUCUCGAUAGGUAAGAUCAUAAGAUCUUACUUCACAAGGAAUUGGAUUUGUCGCGUCAGCGAAGUCAAGCAGGCGAAGGAAAAUGGACAGUACCUCAGACCCGGCACUUAGACAUUUAUUUUCUUCAAAUAGAGAUUUUUUCUACUCAAAAAGGGGGGUGGAUAUCCACCCAAUCCACCCCCCCCCCCCUGUAUCCGCCCCUGAUAACACUGUGUACAAUUUUAACAUAUGCAGGUCAUUUACGCGUGAAUCUAUAUAGCGAGCUUAGGUCGGAAUUCUUUUUUACUUUAAUUCAACCAAGGUGUGAUAAGUUCAAAAGACUGGCUCGCAAACGUAUGCAAUAGGGGACUCGCGCUGAUAGAUCACGUGACUGUUUGGGUGGCAAACUAGCUCGCGCCCAGGCUUUUAGCGGUAAAAUAACAGCAACAAAAAUCCACUUAUUUAUCGCUUACGAAAAAAAACCAGAUUUUUUUUUUAAUGGGUUUAGUUUUAUUUAAAGAUUUUAUUUUUACGUCGUUCUCUGGUUUGACGGGUGCAGUCAUUUCUGUGAUUAUUUUCGUUUGAAUUUGUUACUCAGAAAGGUCACGUGAUCUCUCCAAGUCCCCUAUUAAAGAAGUUCCUGCUAUGUUCUGUUGGCAGUGAACAGAUGAAGCAUUUCUUUGCCUUGCUGGUUUGCUAGUGAAGUUUAUGCAAAUCAGGCAAAAUUUCUCGUACAACUGUCAAAGCUUUUCGAGUUUCAGAUGGGCGUGGAUUCGAAAAUUUUCGGAAAAUAACAGAAGCAACACUAGAAAAUAAUUGCAGUAGUCUAUAUUUAUUUUGUAAAUAACGGUUUAUUGUCCAAAUAAGUGAAGAAAAAAUACUAUUCUUAUUUGUCGGUAUUGCUGUGUCGCUUAACGAAUGAUGGUGACGAGGAGAUAUAUAAUUAUUGUGAUAUAUUGCUGAUUAUCAGUUGAUUUGUAUUCUGCUGAUGAUAUCAAUGAUGAUAAUGAUGAUAUGCUGAUUGUAUGACGUAUGAGUUUUUCUAGAGGACCCUCGCGAUUUGUCUUUCUUGAUAUUUUACUCGGAAAAAUCUAACCUUCGACAAAUAAUGUUUCCGUAUUCAGGUCUUAUGACUACUCUGUGAGGUGAAUGUAAGAAUGUAGUGUGUAUAAAUAUAUCUAUAUGACGUACCAACUAACACGUGAUGGUGCGCCGACAGCAAAAGCGAGUACACGUGACAUUCACUAAGAAAAGUCCAACUUUAUGUUAGUGUGACAAGUGUGACUUGGGCCACCAAGACAACGUUCUACGAAUAAAAAUUGCAAUUUACCAA